AUGGGUCGACACGCGAAUCCUGACAUUCGACGCGCCUUCGUCGAGUUUCAAGAUACCGACACUCCCUCCAAAUGUAACAAAGUCCGAUGCCAGCAUUGCGGCUUUGUGCGCGCGAAGAAUACGACCAGGCAGAUCGAGCACCUCCAGGAAUGCCAGGCUUACCUGAACUCGCCCGAUGCGCAGGCACACCUUGCCCCAACCCAGGCCAGCCAGUCCCUCGUCGAACCCAGUAUACCACACGCAGCGCCGAAUGCUAUACUGAAUGGGCAACAGCCUAAUCCAAACCUCCAGGUUCACCGUCGCGGUCCCAAUACGAAACGUGCUCGAGACGGCCAACCCAUCGCGCCAAAUCCCAUGCAACCGCACCCUGCGCCCUCACUGACGAACUACCUGCUCACGGUGUGCUCUGGGCCAUUUGCGCAGGCGACACAGCAGCCCUUCCUCUCGCAUGCUGGUUGUGGUUCACUCGCCGCCGGGCCGUUAUCACAAUGGCUGGUGCAGGAUGGACACUACUCAAGAGGGUACAUACGUUUUGUGGGACAGCUUCUGGCAAAAAUUAGGUUGCCUCAGACGCAGAACUCGCAGUUUCAUCCCAUGUACAGGACCAUGGACCUUCUGAUCUCUGCAUUGAACAACAUGCGCCGGGAGAUGCAGUUCUUCGAGAUCACUGCGACCAAGUAUGGCCUUACUUUGGGCAAUGAGUCACCUUCGCCAAUUACACGCGCUCUGCUGGACCUCUUUGUGAGCGCUAGUAGCUCCAGUGCCUCUCUUCUCGAGGGUAUGGUUGUUCUAUGGGGUACCGAACAUUGCUAUCGCUCUGCCUGGCAAUACGCAGCAUCCUUCAGCACUUCCCUUUCAACGCCUAGCAACGAAAACCAUAUUGUAGCUCUUCACCAAGCUCUAAUCCCAAACUGGACUUCACCGGCAUUCAACAAAUUUGUAGACGCCACACGUGCGCUCGUGGAUGAGCUUGCCAACACCACAACAGCCCGCGAUGGGAAAGAGGAAAUGCACCGCUGUGAAGAAAUAUUCCGUCAAAUCUGCUGGCUGGAACAGCGAUUCUGGCCAGAGGUUGACGGCAUGGGCGAAGAUAACGAUGCUGCACAGAUUGCUGGUCCGGCUCACAUAGGCCCAAUGGGCGCCGCCCUCAACAACGGGAUGAACAACAAUACAAACAGCAAUAACCACGUUGGUAACCAGAACAUGAACAGUGGGCCUAUAAGUCGCGGCCGCAUGAACAGCAACACGAUGAACAACAACAUGGGCGCCACCAUGAAUGGUCCAAUGGGGCCGCAGAUGAACAGACAAAGCAUGAGUGGGCCUAUGAUGGGUGGACAAGACAUGAGUGGGCAAGGGAUGAGUGGCUCCGCGAUGGGCGGUGAUGAUGGCACCCCUGGCAACGACGAUGGUAGGACUAGUUCCAUGUUCUCCAACAGCGCGCUCGAGGGUCAAGAUUCGUGA